UAGAGACAAAUAGUGCAAGUGCACAACAACACACAAAACGCAACCUCAUUACCCUAACACAGCCGGCCUCUCAUCACCAUCAUCAUCAUUGCGUCUACCAGCAAGAGCAGUCAUUUACCGAACCCUACUGCAGCUGCUUUGUUUUCUUAUGCCGUCGACCGCGAUGUCUUGGGACGGGUACGGCGGGCAGAUCUUCCCCGCCGACAUGUCGUCGUUCCACCACCAGGACACCCUGGAGGCCGUGUUCCGGCAGCCUGAGACGACGGCGCCCCUGCAGGCGCCGGCAGCAGCGGGGGAGAUGGAGCUGCUGCUGAGGAACGGGUCGCCCGUACCGGUGGUGGAUGCCGGCGUCCAUGCCGCGGCCGCACCGCGGAAGCGGCCGUUCAGGACGGAUCGGCACAGCAAGAUCCGCACGGCGCAGGGCGUGCGCGACCGCCGGAUGCGGCUGUCGGUCGGGGUCGCGCGAGAGUUCUUCGCGCUGCAGGACCGGCUUGGGUUCGACAAGGCCAGCAAGACGGUGAACUGGCUCCUCACCCAGUCCAAGCCGGCCAUCGACCGCCUCGUCGACGCCGCCGAGCCGGCGGUGGCUCUAGUCUCAGGAGGACCACCGACGGUGGUGAAGGGGAGAGGGGAGGGGAACUCCUCAAGCACUUGCUGUUUGACGGUGGACUCGAGGGAGGAGGCGACGGAGAAGGCAAGAAGCAGAGGCGGCGGCGGCGGCGGUACCGGUGGUCCUGAUGGGCCACCGGCGCUCAUGGAAGAACACGGCCGCGGUGAGCUGGGCUGGAUCAUGACGGAGGCCACAGCGGCAGCGGCGGCAGCAACGGCGCAGCCGCAGCAGAUGGACGGGCUGGAGUACUACUACCAGUAUUGCCUGCAGCUCGAGGAGAUGAUGAGAUGCAACGGAGGAAUGCCAAGGUGAUUUCUUGUAUGGUAUGCAAACAUUAUAUAUAGGUCUAUAAACUCUAACGCGCGUGAGGAUUUCCAUUACGUAAUUAGGCUUCUUCUGCCAUGAUCCGUUGCUACAUAGUACAUAUAUAAAUCAACUGGUGGUUUCUCUAUCAAUUAAAGCCCAUUAGCCCGGG